UUCCCUCCACCGCAAUGACUCAGCAUCCGGGGCGGGGCGCGGUGCCCCUUAUAAGGUGAGCGUCCCGGAGGCCUGUGCUGGCUCCACACCCAAGAUCCGUUACUGUCUACGCAGCUCGGAAUUCGUGCCUCCGUCUACGUCUACGCAGCAGCCAUGCCGCCGUACACCAUUGUCUACUUCCCAGUUCGAGGGCGCUGUGAGGCCAUGCGCAUACUCCUGGCUGACCAGGACCAGAGCUGGAAGGAGGAGGUGGUGUCCAUAGAUACUUGGAUGAAAGGCGUGCUCAAGUCCACCUGUCUGUAUGGGCAGCUCCCCAAGUUUCAGGAUGGAGACCUUACCCUGUACCAAUCUAAUGCCAUCUUGAGGCACCUGGGCCGAUCCCUUGGGCUUUAUGGAAAAGAUCAGAAGGAGGCUGCCCUGGUGGAUAUGGUGAAUGACGGGGUGGAAGACCUUCGCCUGAAAUACAUCACCCUCAUCUACACCAAAUAUGAGGAAGGGAAGGAUGACUAUGUGAAGGCCCUGCCUGGACACCUGAAACCUUUCGAGACCCUGCUGUCCCAGAACCAAGGAGGCAAAGCCUUCAUCGUGGGUGACCAGAUCUCCUUCGCCGAUUACAACUUGCUAGAUCUGCUGCUGAUCCACCAGGUCCUGGCCCCUGGCUGCCUGGACAGCUUCCCCCUGCUCAGUGCCUAUGUGGCGCGCCUCAGUGCCCGGCCCAAGAUCAAGGCCUUCCUGUCCUCCCCUGACCAUGUGAACCGUCCCAUCAAUGGCAACGGCAAGCAGUAAUGUAGGGAGAGACCGGAGCUGCCUGUCCUCCUUUCCCCAGCACUAAUAAAGUUUGUAAGACAGAAGAGGU